AUUUCCCUGAUUGCACUUCAUAGUCAAUUCAUCAAGUAAUGCAUAUAAUUUCUGAAAUAACUCCUCUGAGGAUAAAAGAUAAGUCUGAACUAAAAUUAUACAGAUAUAGAUGGGUCGAACUAACAAUUUUCUCGUUAUAUUGCAUCACAAACUUUUUUCUCACAUUCCAGUUCAUCGUUAUAGCUGACACAACACAGAAGUGAGUAAUAAUAACUAGACUACACAGUUCAAACAAACCAAUCCACUAACUAAAAACCUUUUUCUAGAUACUACAACAUAAGUAGUACAAUAUGCAACGCCUCUGGUUUAGUGUUUCUUCUUGCUUACCUAAUAUUUUUCAUUCCCAUUGGACGGCUUAUGAAGAACCAUGUACGUUUUAGGUGAGUUAAAUCCAUGACAAUAAUUUCCAAAUUGGUGAUUCCAGGGUUUGAGGUCCAUAUCUAUCAUAAGUACAGGACUUACAGCCUCAGGCAACUUACUCAAAUUAUAUGCUGUACCACCAGACAAAUUCUACAUGAUACUCAUUUCGCAGAGUAUAUGCGGUAUAGCUCAGGUUUUCAUGACAGGUUUACCACCUAAAUUGGCCUCUGUUUGGUUUGGAUCUGAAGAAGUGUCCAUGGCUUGUGGCAUUGGUGUGAUGAGUUGCCAACUAGGAAUAGCUAUGAGUUUGGCACUGCCAAUAUUUUUGGUACCAAAUACAAGCAAUACCAAGGAAGUUGCUGAUGGUUUCUAUGAAAUGUACGUUUGUGACAACAUCGCUUCAGUGCUUCUCUUCAUUAUUGUCCUAUUAUUUUUUAGAUCUCAGCCCCGAUCACCACCAAGUUUAUCACAAGAAGCAUUACGAGAAGGAAAUGAUAGUGAAUCUACUGAAAAAGUGACCUUGAAAAACUACUUGAAGAAUAAGGAUUUUCUGCUGAUACUCUAUUCUUUUGGAACCGCCUGGGGUUUGUGGAAUUCCAACGGAAUAACCAUGAAUGAAAUGUUUAUAAAUUAUUUCCCCACUGUUGGAAAGAUUCUUUGGAUUCUUCUUAUGGUGUCAAUCUUGCUGGGAGGAGUCAUUGGCUCAAUUGUUUUUGGUUUCAUUAUGGAUAAAACACACGAGUUUAAGAAAUUAUCUCUGUUUUUGUUGAUAAUGAUAUGCCUGUCAUGGUCACUGUUCAUUUUCUUCAUUCAAGAUGGAUCUCUGGUAGGAACAUGCACUUCUUUCCUCAUGGGAGGGUUCUUUGGUGGAAGCCUUGUAGUGACCGCCUUCGAAUAUUCUAUGGAAGUAAUUUAUCCUCUACCGGAAGCAGUUGGGAUAACACUUCUGAUUACUUCUGUAUAUUUCUUUUCAAUUUUUUACACAUUACUAUCAGAAUAUAUUUUCGAAAACUUCGGGUUCCUUACUGGACAAAUCGUCAUAUCGAUUGCCUUUAGAACAGCAGCUAUUGGGUGCAUUUUUAUAUCAUCGAAUUUCAAGAGAAGAGAAGUCAAUUUAUCAGGUUCCCAUCAACCUAUGAAUAGUGCAAUAAUUUAAUACAUAGAGCUGUUAUUAUAUUCACAGUAAUUGAAUA